AUGAUCAACCUUCUUAAGAAUAAAUUUAGUUAAUUGCUUUUCAAUAUUUAUCUUUCAAAGAUUUACUCUGAAAAAUUGAACAUGAUGUUGAAAUAUGAUUAAUUGUUCCAAAUUGAUGAUUUAUAAUCAUAAUUACCACUUAUUGCUUCAAACUUUAAGCAUUAUUUCUAUGUGUUUGAGGACAAGAUUCUGUCACCUAGAUGUAUAGGAAUCCUAUAUACAAAAUAUAAUUAUAGAGCUAUCAUUAACAAAAGCUCAUUUAAUUAAUUGAUAAGAUUAUUAAAACCAAUACACAAAAAAGAAUACAAUUUGUUAUGGCAUACAAAUUACCGUUAAUAUAUCCAAUAAUAAUGA